CUUCUUGGUUAAUACAACUGAUAACAUAAAGUAAGGCAUUGUUCCCUUGAUGAAUGAGCUCAUGAAAAGCUGUCACUGAGAAAGACUAAAAACCUUCUUGAAAUGCCAAACAUUAAGUCUGUCAGCUUUCAUUCUUGUUUUGAGAUGGUUUGUGGUCAUUAGAGUGAAACAAGGCUUGUCUUUGUUGUGCUCCAGUCACAGAGUUUACAGGGAGGCAGGUUACAGAUUCCAGUUUGAACCAGAGAGCGAACCAGAGAAGGCGCGUCUCCACUCAAAGUGGCAGGGGGAAGGGACAGGUGUGAAUGUUUUCAUAGUAGGAGCCUCGUCACUCGCCCUAAUGCAUUCCAGCCUGCAUCACUUCAGCUCAAAGGAACUCAAACCACUGACAGACGUAGAUCACUCUCACAUGGUGCCCAGUCAGCGACGCUGGAUAAAGCUAGAUUUUGUACAGAGAUCGUAAUUCCCGGAUUGCUUUGGCCGUGUGGACAUGGGAGGCAGAGAGAAGGUAGAGCUGAGCAGAAUGGAGCCCAAGAUGCAUUUUUCACACUUAAGGUUAAAUAAUUUCAAGCUUCGGCUAGACCAUAACCCUACGUGUGAAAAAAAGCGCAUGAAGAAGACAAGCAGCAAAAAAAAAGCCAGAGAUCCCAGCCCCACCGAGAUGAGCGUGGAGCCCUGGGCCAGCCCGCAGGACCAGGCAGCCGCUGAGCACGCUCGCAGCAAAAACUCACCACCAGCACAGGAGCAGGAGCAGCCGGAUAAACUGUGCCUGGAAUCGUUCUGGAGCGAGGUUGAGACCAUCCGACAGGGGUGUGGCGAGGCGGAUCUCGACCCCACCAGGAGAGACUCCAGACAGUCAGAAGAGGGGGAACAGGAGGAGCAGUGGCUGGCCGAUGCUGGCUUAUCGACCCUUAUCAGCGAGGACAGCGAGGAUGUAGACAAGGCCGUGCUGCUCUCCACUCUGACCCGGACGCAGGCGGAAGCUGUUCAGCGUCGCCUGGAUUCCUACACGUUAUCCCGUCGCAAAAAGAACAAGCUGCCGCCCAGAGACGUUCGGGACAUCUUCAGCUCCCCCAUCACUCAGGCCCUGCUGCCAGAGUCUCAGAACAGCAAAGACCUUCCUCAGAAGAGUAUGGCAUCAGUUGCCAAAAUGCCUUUCUCAGCAGUGUCACCGGAGCAUCAGCGGGCUGCCCCUAAGGAGGAAUUCCUCAUCACUGACAUUGCUUACUGUGAACAAGCCGUGAUUUUCAUUAAACAGGCCAAUUUUCCACUGAACAACAUCCCAUACAGGAAAGAAGACGGCACCCUGCCUCGGGUGAUCUGCCCCAAGUGCCGCCUCGGAGUGACUCGUAUUCAAGAUCUCUCCCACGCUGACAUGAAGAAGGUUCGUCAGUUGGCUCUCAUCGACAUGACGGCGCUCUGCGACCUCUUGGAGCUGGAGGUUAAAAGGCACAAGACUGGGAAAAGGAAAAUCGCAGAGAGCACGCUGUUUGGGGUACCGCUGUCCACGCUGCUGGAAACCGAUCAGAAAAUCAGACCAAACACCUCAAUUCCUCUCUUCCUGCACACGCUGCUGUCGUUUCUGGAGAAGAAAGGAGUCGAUUCAGAGGGGAUCCUGCGGGUUCCAGGAUCUCAGUCCAGGAUAAAGCUGCUACAGCAGAAUCUGGAGGCCAAUUUUUACAGGAGCCGUUUCAACUGGGAUGAAGUGAGUCCAAAUGAUGCUGCUGCCCUCUUGAAGAAGUUCAUCCGAGAGCUUCCUGACCCGCUGCUCACUGCAGAAUACCUCAACACCUUCAGCGCCGUCAGAGAUAUCACAGAACUGAGGCAGAAACUGCACAUGUUGAACCUGCUCAUCCUGCUGCUCCCUGAGCCUAACAGGAGCACACUGAAGGCCCUGCUGGAGUUUCUCAGUAAGGUGGUCAGCAGAGAGAAGAAGAACAGGAUGAACCUGUGGGCCGUGGCAACCAUCAUGGCUCCCAACCUCUUCCUCCAUAAGGCUGUCCCGAGCCGACUGACGGAUGGGGCAGAGAAAGGACAGGCGGAGAAAGCAGCUGAUGUGAUGAGGCUUCUCAUUCGUUACCAAGACCUCCUCUGGACGGUUCCAAACUUCCUCAUGAGCCAGGUGCGUCGGCUAAAUGAGAACAGUAACCGGCGCUAUCAGUUCAAGAACCUGCUGAGAAAGAUCCAGCCGGACAGCAGGGAAAAACCAGAGAAAAACUCAGAGCCACGUCGCACUAUAAAAAUCCAGGUGGGAGAUUUGGUGAACGGCACAAUGGAGUUCCAGCUCAACAUUAACUGCAGAACCUCGGACCUGCUCGCCCAGUUUUACCGCCAGUUCCUCCGCAGCCCGGAAAAUGGAAAGGGGAAAAUGCGAAGAAACGGCUCAGUGGGAUACCCAGACUGCGCCCUGUAUGAAGUAGGAGGGAAUAUUGGAGAGCACUGUUUGGACACCGAGACGCAUCUCCUGGACCUGUACAACAGUAACCCUGGAGGUGAAUGGGUCAUCAAAACGAAGCCCAACGGAGGCAGAGGGCAGUGACACGGAGCCUGCUGGACAACUGAUGGACAGAUCGAGGAACAGAUUUCAGAGGAGAGAUGAAGAUCUCUUCUUAAAAGCUCCUCACAGCCCCUGCUCUUCCUCUGAGCAACAAGCAGGAAGGGGGGACAGAUGGAGCCGACAGAAGCAUUCAUCUGCCUGGAGCAGAGUUGAGAAAUUCUGAUCCCUGCUUUUUGUCUCCCUCUUUGCAUUUUUUUUGCUCCAUCUUCUCCUCCUCCUUCCUCUCUUUGGACGAUCAUUUCAUUGGUUGCUGCACUGCUGCAAGCAAAAAGCUGCUAACAUGACUCAUUACUUCAAGCGGAGAACCUGCUGCACAGAAAACAAAACGGAACAGCGAAGAGACGGAGGGAGUAGCCGGACAGUUGGCUUUGACGUAUUUUCUCUGAAGCAGUCGUCUCCAGCUACAAGCGAACAGAUGGGGAUGCAGAGAACCUCUAGCUAUCCUGAGCCCUCCACUCACCUCGACUUCACCUCAUACCAGCUUCUGCUCCACAUAUACGUUUUUGUGGUUUUACUCCAAAGGGAAUACAAGGAUUUAGGGGUUUUCUGUUUAUAUUUUAAAAACAGGACCCAAGUACCCAAUAUGUGUUAGUAUUUAGUUAAGGUAAAUGUUUUAAAGAAAAGCAGAACAAAAAAAAUCUUCCAGCAGAUGGAGGUAAAAUUUUACAAAAAACAAACAACAUAAUGCCUUUAUUACCAGAGAUCCACCAAUAAUUCAGAGAUCUAAAUUUGACAAUUUUUCUUCAGUGGGCUAUUAUCAGUGAACUGCAGGUCAAAUACUGGGAAAUCAGAUUAUUUCCCCUCCAUUUCAUUUAAUGCACCAAUCUAAGGACUUUGUCUAGAUCCUAAAUACAGUAUUAAAAGUGUUUCAAACUGAAUUCGAUAGAUCAGAUAUCAGAGAAAAUUGAAAAUUGGUAUUGGCCAGGAAAAGUCUGACUGCUGCAUCUCUACUGUAUUAAUUGACUUUAUUGUUCUGCUCCUGCAAAAAGGGGAAUAAUAAUUCAAAUCAUGCCAGAGAAAUAAGAGAUCCCUUCAGUAUUGCCUGUCAUUGUUCAUGAUUUAGAAACAGAAAACCCCUGUGUCUUUAUUUCCUCAUGCCAAACAGGAUGAGAAAAUGCUAAAGAUGGAGGGCAGAAGAAGAUAACUAUGAAAUGUUCUUAAGAAUCAUCCAGAUCAAUUAGUUAAUUAUCCUCAUCGACCACUUGUGUUUCUCAGCUACUUUGUUGAUCUGUGGCAUUCAAAGAGAGGAACUGACUGAACUGACACCUUUUAUCCAUGAAGCUGGCUCAACUUUGGACCUAAAAAUGAUUUUGCCUCAUCGACGUGUUUGGUGACAGAUUUUGCACCUCAAAAGGGAGUCGUUAAGGACACGCUGAAGCUGGUCUUCAUUUGUCAUUUUUGACUACAUGAAUGAAGGAAAACGGUGCCGAAGUGACUCUUAAGGCACACUGACACUAUUAUAAUUAUGAAUUUUAUUUAUAUGAUUGUAACACAGUUGUUGCUUCGUUGUGAGUGUUGUGUUAGAUAGAUACUUGAGGAAAGCUGGCCCAGACUCGGUAUGGGAUCUUUCAUACUUUUUAAACGGAUCUCUUUAAAGCUGUAAGUUGAAUGCUUUUCCUGUGUAAAUGUGCCGUGAUGAGAAGCAGGACUGUCGCUUCUUGAAGCUUUUCCAAACACACACGAGCAGCAGAUGAAUGUUUUAACAUUUUGUGCCGAUCGUCAGAAGGUAAUUGUUUUUUUUCCAGCCGGAGCCAUGUUGUGGCGCCGCGGCCAUUUUGUAUGGGGAGAGUGUCUCUCAGGCUGCACUCGAUAAACGUGGUAGUGACAGCGGGCCCCUGCACCAAAAUCCAUCAACGCCCUCUGCUCCAUCUCUGUCAGCUCCCCAUAAUGCGCCAUAAUGACGGCAUCAGAAACGCACAGAGGAAUCGCAUCUCUCUGAUAAAGCAGAGGGUAAUAAAUGGGUGCUAUAAAUUCUUCCCCCUACAUGGACUCAACAACAGCACUCUGUUUGCGUGUGUGUGUGUGUGUGUGUGAUGGGCUUCAUUACACAUGUCCAACGGACCAGUCGCCCGGUCUGCACAGGCACAGUUCGUCGCUUCGGCACAAAGCUAACUGAUGGGACGGCCUUCUGCUGAACGGCAUGAACAGACCACAAAGUGGUGUCACCUCUUUUCAGUACAGGAAACUAUUUUUGUCUUUGUAUAUACAUGAAUGUGUGUGCAUGUGUGUGUGUAUGAAAGAAGCUCUGAGACAGUAUUAGCAGAAAAUUGAAUGAACUUCUUGCCGAUUUCUGGUGUAAAUCCUAGACGUCAGCCAGCGGACGUCCGAAUGUAUAUUUAAGCUCUUAACAUUGUUUUUAACUUGUCUGUGAAAAUACUUUUCUGUAGAAAGGAAAAACUUUUGAAAACUGUUCGAUUUUUGGCAAUAAACGUGAGCCUAACGCUGUGCUAA